GUUAUGCGACACGGCAUACGAGCCCCGUGGACCACAUACCCAUUGGAUCCGUUCGCGGCCAACAACUCGCAGCGAUUCCCGAAUGGAGGCUCACAAUUGACAGAUGCUGGCAUUGAGCAGGCGUACAACAUGGGCAAGUAUUAUAAGCAACGGUACGGCAAAUUCAUCACGGCCAAUCCCAAACGAGCCUACCUAAGAGGGUCGGCAGCCCAGCGCUGUAUUGACACCCUGUCCAUUGUGACCAAGCAACUUUGGCCACAGGAUAGUGAUGAAAAAAAGCAAUGGCAACCGAUGAUUUUCUCAUUGCCACAGAAGAUCGAUAGCAUAUUAUACGAAGAGCCAGACUGUCAGAGCGCUGAGGACGAGGAGCACAACAACUUGAAGACACCGGCAGUACAGGCAUACGAGGCCGACCCUAAGAUACAG